CAGUACCUCAGCUUGCAUUGAUCCCUCGGCCAUUGCGGAGAGUAUGGAGUACAUGGAACCAGUACCGCCAUCUACAAGGCGUUCCAACCUACGUAUCCUGAAUGGCUGGAGUACGCGAAGCCUCACUUCGCCCUUUUUCGGGUGACGCGGCUCGCCCAUCUUGCAUCAACUUUGCCCUUACGGAGUAGGAUCUUUGAGAUCUGGCAAUGGUCCAUCUUAACGAGGAUCCAAUGAUCCCUCAAGGUGUGAGCUAAGAUAGGUGUAUAUAAGUGUUUGUUUCGUUCCCACUUGUUUUUCCAUUUCGACAUCAACACACAAUAACAGCAAUUGCAUCAAACCAUAAUCAUCAUCCCACACAGCAUAACCACUUCUACAAAUCCCUUCACCACGAACUACAACCCAAACACAAUCAUGUCAGGCUACGACGCUUAUUACCAAAACCAAAACCAAACCCAAUAUCCUUCAUACAACAACCAAUACCAGAACAACUCAUACCCCAGUGACGGUUUCUCUGGCGGUCACCAGAAUCAAUAUCCUCAACACCAACAACAACAACAAGGGUAUUACGAUUACUCGGCCGACACUCGUUCCCAACAGAACUACGACGCUUCCAGCAACAACAACAACAACAACUCUUACUACAAUGACAACAACAAUUACCAAUCCUCAGCACCCGGACAAGAACAAGAUCGUGGUCUGAUGGGUGCCAUGGCCGGCGGUGCCGCCGGUGCUUACGGUGGUCACAAGGCCGGCCAUGGGUUUUUGGGUGCGAUAGGCGGAGCCAUCGCCGGUUCUCUAGCCGAAGACUACGCCAAAAAGGGUCGCAAGAACAAACACAACAAACCCAACGGCAGUAUCGGUUCCACGGCCUCGAGCUUCUUCAAUCGAAAGAACUAAAACCAUGGGGGUUGUUGUUAAAUGAAGUUGUUAUUUUUGUCGUUGUCGUUGUUUGUAUAGGGACGAGGUACCUUUUCUCUCGGAGCAGGCGUUGGGUACGAAGCGAUGAUGAUGAUGAAAAAAAGAACCAUGACCAGACCAGACAAAAACGGACCGGGAAAAGAGAAAAAACGAAACGAGGGAGAUUUGGGUCUUUGAAAGAAACUCUUCUCUUUUCAUUCCAUUUCAUCGGUGGCCCCCACUGGGAGUUCUGUUCACGUCAAUCUUGUUUUGUCGAAGCCCACGAGGUCGUGGAAUCAGACGCAACAAUCUGUUUUUUGGAGUUAUUGCUGUGGAAGACUCGAAUACGAGGUCAUUGCUGGAACCAUUCGCGGGUCCGUAUACAAUUCUCACCACAAAGGAGUUUUUGUCAGCGAUCAAUCAUGGCAUUGCAUUGCAUGGUUUGGUUUGGUUUGAUUCAAUUUGGGUGUCAUUGGACAUGGUUGGGACGGAGUACCACGGACCUUGGGCGUUGAUGUUGGUGCUUUGUCAAUAUCGAUCAAAUAGAAUACUCUCAACGAGUAUUUAGUGCCACAUACCUACAAAGGAAUACAUGAAU